AAACGCACCCACUCAAACUUGCCUAACUCCGUUCUCGCCGCCCAACACUCUCUCUCCCUUUCUUUCCCUCUACAUUUCUCUCGCUUCACCCCUAAACCCAUCCCCUAUCCCUUCCCCCCACCCUUGAUGGCCUUCACCAGCCCCUCUACCUACCGGCCCAGAAAGCCCACCAUGCUCUCCCGCACCACUCUCUUCUCCCUCUUGCUCCUCCUCUCCCUCUUUCUCCUCGUCCUCCUCCACUCCCCUUCCCUCCCCCCCUGCUCCCCCCACACCUCCUCCCCAGAGACUAAUCCAUGGUCCGGUGACCUCCGGGACGUGGACUUCUCCUGGAACUCCCUCAAACUCAUCGGCCACCGCCCCCCUCCCGCCACCCUCAGGAUCGCCGUCUUCUCCCGGAAAUGGCCCAUCGCCUCCGCCCCCGGUGGCAUGGAGCGCCACGCCCUCACUCUUCACUCCGCCCUCGCCCGCCGCGGCCACCACGUCCACGUCUUCACCUCCUCCCCACCUCCCACCGAGCGUCCUUCUUCCCCGCGUUCCGACUUCCCGCAACUCCACUUUCUUUCCGGCCCGCCGGGCCAGUGGCGCUGCGACGAGGCCUGGACCCUCUUCGAGGCCGAGACCCGGGCCGGCGGCCCGUUCGACGUCAUUCACUCCGAGAGCGUCGCCGUGUUCCACCGAUGGGCCCGCGACGUCCCCAACCUCGUCGUCUCGUGGCACGGCAUCUCCCUCGAAGCCCUCCACUCGGGCAUCUACCAAGACCUCCUUCGCGCGCCGGCCGAGCCGAUGACGCCGGCAUUCAACCACAGCUUGGCCCAAGCAAUCUAUAAGGUCUUAAACGAGAUCCGCUUCUUCCAGAGCUACGCCCACCACGUGGCCAUCAGCGACAGCACCGGCGAGAUGCUCCGCGACGUGUACCAGAUCCCAUCCAGCCGCGUCCACGUCAUCCUCAACGGCGUCGACGAGGACCAGUUCGCGCCCGACCCCGCCCUCGGGAAAGCCUUCAGAGCCGAGAUCGGCCUGCCUGACGGCGCCAGCCUCGUCAUGGGAGCGGCCGGGAGGUUGGUCAAAGAUAAAGGCCAUCCGUUACUGUUCGAGGCCAUCUCCAAGUUAAUCCUACGCCACCCUAACGUCUACUUAGUUGUGGCUGGGUCAGGGCCAUGGGCUCAACGUUACAAGGAUCUUGGGUCUAAUGUCAUCGUGCUAGGGCCGGUGCAACCUGCCAAGCUAAAGGCGUUCUAUAAUUCUUUGGACGUGUUUGUGAACCCGACCUUGAGGCCACAAGGUUUGGAUUUAACGCUGAUGGAGGCGAUGCAGUGUGGGAAGCCCAUCUUAGCCCCGAGGUACCCGAGUAUUAAAGGAAGCAUUGUGGUGGAUGAUGAGUUCGGGUUCACGUUUGCGCCGAACGUCGCCGCGUUGUUGGAGGUUUUGGAGAAGGUGGUGGAGGAAGGGGCCAAGAGGUUGGAGGAGAGAGGGAGAGCUUGCAGGCACUACGCCAAGUCGAUGUUCACCGCAAAAAAGAUGGCACUAGCUUAUGAGAGAUUGUUUCUUUGUAUUAAAAAUGAAACAUUUUGCAAGUACCCGUUGGGUUUUGAUUAAAUCUACUUUGUCAGGCCCCAUUGCUUCUUUUUCUUUCUUUUUUUUUCUUUUUAUGAAGUUAAAUAUGGAUAUACUUCUUUCCAAAGAAAUAAUAAAAGGUUUUUAUGUUUAUUAUUUUAA